UGCACCUGCCCAUCUUCCUGCACCAUCACUCUACCUUCUUUAUACACAAGAACACCAUCACGAAUAAUGGCACCGCAGACGACCCCCUCGCAAUCUGCUCAAGAAAACAGCACCCGCGUUCUUAGAAGCGCGAGCCGAGAGCAACCCCCUCUGUCCCCCCAAAAGCUUUUCGAAGAAAUUCUACACCAAGUGGCCGAGGCUCAGAAUUUCACCGAGUUGGUGUACCAUAAUGUUGAGCCUGAAGACGGAGCCUUGGUUUGCAAGUCCCUACGGGCCAACAAGCAAGUAGAAAGAAGAUCUUGUCGAAUAAAUUUCAACGCUUUCCCAGGAACCUUGCGGGUGGUCGUUAUGCCGACAGAAAUCCACGACGUUCAUCAACGUUGGGCGAUCUAUUCUGCUGGGUCCUGGAGGGAAGACGAUCUAAUCACACCCGACGAACGUUACGAACUGUGCAUUGGAGUGGGGACUACUUUCACGGGAUUUGAGGGAAUAUAUCAAGGCUCCUCUAAGGAACCGGACCUGUUCAUGCGUGCUGACGUCAUCGAAUUCCCAGCCAUAGUAAUCGAAUCUGGCUGGUCCGAGAGCUUCCCAUAUCUCCGAAAUGAUAAGGACGUGUGGAUGCUAGGAAGUUCUGUAGUUGAGGUGACAAUACUGUUAAAAUGGACUGAACUGGCCCGGAAACGCGUGAAAGGUGACAUAGAGGUGUGGAGACGAGAUGGGAGCGGAGGCCUCACCAUGGAACAACACGCCAUCUUUCCGCAACCCCCUCAUCCUCUGCCUGGUGAUCGCAUUGAAUUUACGAAACAGCAACUUUUCAAGGGCUCGGAUAUCAGCAUCGCAAACCCCGGUACCACAAUCUGUUUGGAGUUGUCGACAUUGAGAAGAAUGGCAAAACAGCUUCUGACAAAAAGGAUGGGUAUGCAACCUGCGUAGGUUGACGCGGAUGAUGGCUUCCACCCACAGUAUUAUGAUGAGCGUAGGAGACGGCGGCAACGAUACGGGUCGAUGUCUUUUUUCAUGGAUGUUCUUUGUUCUUUGGAGACUCAUCGAGAAAGCAAUGGAGUUAGGAGUCUUUACAUUUGCAAGGUACUUCACUAGGUCCGUUAUUUACAUCGCGUACCCUCAUCGCACCCAUAUAGCUUCUACGAACCGGUCUACAGUUUCUAGUUACCUAGAAAAAACAGCAGUUCGAACAAGCGU